AUGAAAUUGAACCAAUCGAUGAAUCGUCUCUUUACCAAAUCGCUCUGUACUUCGGCCGCCGGAGCCAAUCUGAAACCACCGCCGGCAGAUUCCGCCGCCAUUGCUAAGCUUAUCCUCUCUUCUCCCUCCACUACAACACAUCAAUCCCUAGACGAUCAAUUUCUACUCUCCACCGCAACCCCAUGGACACCGCAGCUCGUGAACUCCGUUCUCAAGCGCCUCUGGAACCACGGCCCAAAAGCCCUCCAAUUCUUCCACCUCCUCGACCGUCACCACCGCGAUUACAUCCACGCCGCGUCCUCCUUCGACCUCGCGAUCGACAUCGCCGCCCGUCUCCACCUCCACACCACAGUCCGAUCCCUCACCCACCGCAUGCGCUCUCUCCGCCUCGGUCCUUCUCCGAGAACCUUCGCGAUCGUCGCCGAGAGGUACGCAUCCGCCGGAAAACCCGAUAAAUCCGUGAAGCUCUUCCUCAAUAUGCAUGAGCAAGGUUGUUUCCAGGAUCUAUCCUCUUUCAAUACGAUUCUCGAUGUGCUUUGCAAAUCCAAACGCGUAGAGAAAGCUGACGAGCUGUUUAGGGCUCUCAGAGGUAGAUUCAGUGCCGAUACAGUGACCUACAACGUGAUUGUCAAUGGCUGGUGUUUGAUUAAACGGACGCCAAAGGCUUUAGAGGUGUUGAAAGAGAUGGUGGAGAGAGGGAUAAACCCUAAUUUGACAACUUACAACACAAUGCUCAAAGGCUUUUUCAGGUCAGGUCAGAUUAGGCAGGCUUGGGAGUUUUUCCUGGAGAUGAAGAAACGGAAAUGUCAAAUCGAUGUUGUCACAUACACGACGGUGGUUCACGGAUUCGGCGUCGCCGGGGAGAUAAACCGGGCGAGGAAUGUGUUUGAUGAGAUGAUCAGAGAAGGUGUGCUUCCUUCUGUUGCUACACACAAUGCUUUGAUUCAGGUUCUGUGCAAGAAAGAUAGCGUGGAGAAUGCGGUUUCGGUGUUUGAGGAGAUGGUGAGGAAAGGUUACGAGCCGAAUGUGACGACUUACAACGUGUUGAUUAGAGGGUUGUUUCACGCCGGAGAGUUUAGCCGCGGAGAGGAGCUGAUGGAGAGGAUGGAGAAGGAAGGAUGCGAGCCUAACUUCCAGACGUACAAUAUGAUGAUAAGGUAUUACUCAGAGUGUAGUGAGGUUGAGAAAGCUUUGGGUUUGUUUGAGAAGAUGGUGAGUGGUGGUUGCUGCUUGCCGAAUCUUGAUACUUAUAAUAUACUGAUCAGUGGGAUGUUUGUGAGGAAGAAGCCGGAGGAUUUGGUUGUGGCUGGUAAAUUAUUGCUUGAGAUGGUUGAGAGAGGGUUUGUGCCGAGGAAAUUCACUUUUAAUAGAGUUCUGAAUGGGCUUCUUUUGACAGGGAAUCAAGGCUUUGCGAAGGAGAUCUUGAGGUCGCAGAGUAAAUCUGGUAGCAGGCUUACCAAGAAGUUCAGGCUGUGA